AUGCACUUCUCCGCAUCUGCUUUCGUCACUCUUCUGACUGCGGCUCUUGCCGUCGCCGCUCCUACUGCUGAGCCCAACAACAAGUACACCGACAAGAAAAUCAGCGACUGCAAGAAGGACCUCGACAACGAGUGGAACCAGAAGGAUAACGAGUGGAAGAAGAAUGAGAAGGCCUUCUACUUCGAUGCCGAGUACAUUGUCAAGGCCACACCAGACCAGGUCAUCAACACCACCCAGAUUCCCACACCCGGCGAGCCCGGCGCCAGGGGUCUAUUCAAGUACGGCAUCAACAUUGCUGACAACACCAUCUGCUACAACAUCACACUCUCCGGCGUGACCGGCGAGUACCAGUCCCUGGCCCUAACCUCAACGCACAUCCACGAGGCCCCCAAGGGCCGCGCCGGACCUCCUCGCAUUGCCCUCCCCAACCCCAAGGGUCCUGAUGAGCGUCGCAUCUCCACAGGCUGCCUGACUGGCCCCUUCAAGACCGGCAUUCUCGCCAAUGGCGUCGACACUGGUGACAACUUCCACGUCCGCCAGAUUGUUGCUAACCCAGCCAACUUCUUCACUGACACUCACACUGCCAAGUUCGUCCCUGGUGCUGUUCGUAGUCAGCUCAAGUAA